GCCGAGGCCUUUGACCAGCGUCAAAGACAGUCUUCGCAUCGAGCACGCCUUUCUAGGCGCUGUGUCUUAUAAGUGGCCAGGCAGGUGGCUCUCUUUGCAUCGACGACGACGUCGACUGCACGUUGCGUCAACUAGAGCACAUAGCGAUCCCGCGUGCCUCGCUCUCAACCUCAUGUCGUCCACGACCUCGACUCUCAAGUGUCCCAAUUGCGGCGCACCGACGACCGUGCCCAGCACUCCUCAACGCGACCGCUAUCCUCAGCUUCACGCGCAAAUUAUCCUGCAGCACGACACGCAUAGAAAAGCGUAUCGUAAGGAUGAGCUUCAGGACUUGUCCGGUGCAGAGCUCAUCGACCUGAUCUGUCGCGAUCUUUCGUGGAAGUCGCCCUCGCUAGCUCCGGAGGUGCUCUGGGAGAAGUUCAUCCGUGCGCGCUUCGUGGGCGACUAUGACGAUGCAGCCGGCGCGACGUUGACCAUGGCUACCUGGGCGGGCUUGCUGCACAACAUCUCCGUGAUCUACGUCGAGCGCGAGCGGGCCCCCGAGGGUGAAUGGGAGCUCGUGUCUGAGAGUGGCGAGCUGCUCAAGGCGGAGUCGAAGGAGCGGGCCGUCCAGGCCACCGCUGGCGCUCAACGCAGUAGCAGACUCUGGACCGUCAUGUGUUAUAUACUGUUCUACUUGCUCGCGGUACUCAUCACCCUCCUCAUCGGAUUCGCAUGUGUCGCCCCGAGCAGGGCGUACUGUCAGAUGGUGGAUGUAUCGCCUCAGCAGCGCGUGCCGCGGUGCGAGAUUACCUUCUAAGUAGAGAAUGUCAGCUCCUUGCCAACUCGUACCCGCUGUCUUCCUGUUUCCAUAAAUAAUAUUUGUGAUGCUUCAGUCAGA